CCCCACAUCACAAAUCUACCUUCCUGUCAUCGACUUUAAUCGGUCGUUGCCUAUGGUACGUAAUACUACGCGAGAAAUUGCUUAACCUCCAUACGUGGGUAUCUGUUCGCCUUUACUUCGUAUUGACCUUCGUACAUUUGUUAUCUGUCGUUUCUACUUGUUGUACCUUUUGUCGCGAUGUCGGAGUAUCUGACACAAUGGAAGAACCCCGGUGAUGUCUUCUCCGUUCUUCUUAUAGUUGGCGGUGACGUGAUCCUUCUGGCUCUGGCUUGCCUUACAGGCAGGGCGCUCACGCCAGUCGCUUUUUCGUUCGGAUGGGUUGCAUAUGCCAUCUCCGCUGUUGUAGCAGCUAUUGGGGAUAAUAAGCUGUUAGUGCGGUGUCCACCAGAGUUAUCCUUGAAAGUCAUCAACCUAAAAAACGGAUACUGUCGCGACAAUAAAUCCUGGCUUCUUGGAAGAUUCAUCAAAGAUUACAAUUACUGGAUGCCUGGAGAAGUUAGAAAUCGCCUUCUGGACCCUCGUGUACGCUCCGACGAAGAGAAUCAGCCCACCAAUCCUCUUUGUCCACUGCCUCGCCCAGAUCCAGCCAGCUCCAAUAAGAUAUUUGGCAGAUCAGAUGCGGCUCUGUGCAUUGCUGUGUACAAGUGGGCCGACAAUAGACGUCCUGGAGAGCCUGAUCGCGAUUGGUUGUGGUGGAGUGGCCUUGUUGUUUCUAUCCUCCAGUUGGCUAUCGCGUCGAUCCCAUGGGGCCUUCAUAACAACUCAGACAUAUUCAUUGCUACAGCAGGAGGGACUGUGCUAGCAUACGCAUCUGCAUCCCUGCCACAGUGGAAAAGCGAAAAAUGGCCCACAAGAUCUAGUAAUAAGACUUUCGCCAUCACUGAGGGGAACGGAAGCCAGCACGUGAUCGUUAUCCUCGGCGCAGACCAUGGUCUCGAUCUAGAAGCUCUGGCUGGUUCAAGAGCACCUGACCUGAAGACAACUCGCGUCUACACUUGCGCACUGGCAGUAUUAUGGCUGGUACUGCUAAUCACGUGCUGCGGUAUCAACACACACACGUGGUAUCUUCUCGCUGUGGGCGGGCUGGGUAUGGCGCAAAACCUGUUCGUAGCAGGUGCACCGCGACAACCUGCAGCGCUGGGCCUACCUAUAGAACUCGUCAGCAGUGGGGACGGUCAUGCGGUUGUUCCAGAAGUCUUCGCUGAACAGAAGGUGAUGUGGACGAUUAUGGAGUUUGAAGAGAAACAUCGCAGUUGCGGAGAUGCUCUUGUCAAAGAAUUUUUCCCGGGGAAGUUGCGGCAAUGGGAAAUCGAGUGGUGGGAGUCUGACGAUGCUGAAAAGCGAAGUAACUUACUCAAGACUGCGCGAAGAGAAGCAUGGAACAAAGCUCGUGAACAGUCAUCGGGGGAUUGAAAUGAGAUGUCAUGAGAUUGGGCGGCAAGUAAACGUGUGCAUUUGGGCGAAAGAGUGUUGUUUUCGAGGAUGACUAUCUCCACGUCAAAUUCCUUCUCCAACAUUAGACCUAGCUUACGCAUACUUUCAAACCCCCAGACAGUGUUGAAUCCACCAUGCGCGUUCUUCCGUCCUCUUCUGCAACGUUAACUAUAACUAAUCUUGCCUUGUAUUCGCAGUGCACAGUGAAUGAACCAUCUGCAUGUUUUUCCACUGAACUGGGACGUUGUAGCACGCCCACACAUGGAGAGGCAUUGCCGGCUGCAAUGGAGUCCGGAAAUAAUAGCAUAUUGCACUGGUAGCUCUUUGCUAGUGGCAAAUCGCGUAUCUCAUAUAACCGAUUGGCUCGCGGGUCUCGCACCCCCCAAGGGCCGUUUACCCCAAGUGUCAUCUCUGGGAAGACUAACGCUUGGUAACUUGCUC